GGAUCCUGACUCGCACUCGUGCCCGCGCAUACACACACACACUCUCACGCUCAAAGUGCGGUACGCCAGCAGCUCGCGCGCACAUCGGGAUACAGAGUGUAAGUUUUCGGCGCUCGCGCAGCGGAGAGUCCCGAGGAUGAGCGCGCGGGAGUGAAACCUGGAGGCGCAGUGCGGUCUUUCACAGGCGGAGGACAUGCCUACUUAGCGCUCGCGCUUUAUAAAGGGACAUACAGAGGAUCGAAACACACACAGGUUAGUUUUUUGUUAUCCGAGAGGAGAGAUGAGUGGUGAGACGAGUGCGGAGCUCGUGUCCCCCAGCUGUGCGGGACCAAAGGAGAGAUAUUUCGACCGGGUAAACGAGAGCGACCCGGAGUACCAGCGCGCCCGCAACAUGCCGGCUGACCUGCGCCAAGAUUUCAACAUGAUGGAGCAGAAGAAGAGGGUCACACACAUCCUACAGAGUCCUGCGUUUAAGGACGAGCUGGAAGGCCUGAUCCAGGAACAGAUGAACAAGGGAAACAACCCGGCUGGCCUCCUCGCCCUGCGCCAGAUCGCCGACUUCUUCAUGGCCAGCUCCAUCGGAGGAUACCCCACCUCCCCCCUCAGUCUGGGCAUGGUGUCCCCCAUAAACGAUCUCUUCAGCACCGAGUCUGGCUCCAUGGUGAAGGGGGAGAAGCAGGUGCGGUGUAAACUGGCCAGCCUCUACCGGCUCGUCGAUCUCUUCAGCUGGGCUCACUUCUCCAACGCCUAUGUCACCGUUCGUGUCAGUAAGGAGCAGGACCACAUUCUCAUCAUCCCCAGAGGGCUGUCAUUUGCAGAGGCUUCAGCUUCUAAUCUGGUGAAGGUGAACAUCCUGGGCGACGUGGUGGAUCAGGGCUCCACGAACCUUCGCGUUGACAUGGCCGGCUUCAGCCCCCAUGCCGCCAUUUACUCCAUGAGACCGGACGCACGCUGCCUCAUCCACUUACACACCCCAGCCGCCGCAGCCGUGUCGUCCAUGAAAUGCGGCCUCUUGCCCAUCUCGCAGGAGUCGCUGAUCCUCGGAGACGUGGCCUACUACAACUACAAUGGGAGCCUGGACGACCAAGAAGAGAGGGCGGAGCUUCAGAAGGCGCUCGGCCCCUCGGCCAAGGUGCUCGUUCUAAGGAAUCACGGCAUAGUGGCUUUAGGAGAAACCAUUGAGGAGGCCUUCCACUACAUUUACAGUGCCCAGUUCGCCUGUGAGAUCCAGGUGAACGCGUUCUCGUGCGCAGGGGGAAUGGAGAACCUCAUUGUGCUGGACCUGGAGAAGUAUAAGAGCAGGACGCAGGGCGUGGCCAUGGCGGGCGUGAACAUGGGCUCUCAGCUCAAGUGGAAAAUAGGGGAACUCGAGUUCGAGUCACUCAUGAGGAUGCUCGACAAUAUGGGUUACCGGACAGGCUAUGCUUACCGCGUCCCGGUGGUCCGGGAUAAACCGCGGCACAAAAGCGAGGUGGAGAUCCCGGCCACGGUGACUGCGUUCUCAUUGGACGAGCCGACCGAUGCGUCCCACCUCCACUUGCGCCUCCUUCAGCAGCGGCAGCAGAGGGAGAAAACCCGCUGGCUCAACUCACCCAACUGCUACACGAAGAUCAACGUGGCAGAUGGAGGAGGCGGAGCCGAGGAAAACGGUCGCGUCAGAACCAUGUGGAUGAGGGCGGAAGAUGGCGGCAGCAGCAGUGGGACACCGAUCCGCAUCGAGGACCCAAACCAGUUUGUCCCUCUAAACACCAACCCAAACGAGGUUCUGCUAAAGAGGAAUAAAAUCCGAGAGCAGAAUCGAUUUGACAUGAUGUCCGCCGGCCCUCAGUCUCAGCUUCUAGCCGGCAUCAUUGUGGAGAGACCACCGCCGUACACAGGUGGAGACGAAGAGGAGGCGGAACAGUUGCCGCCCAACCCCUUCAGCGAGCUCAGCGAGAGGGACCUGGACUGCAAGCAUCAAGUAGAGCACCAGCAGCUUGGGCUUGAUGAGGAGGAGCAGGAUCAGCUAACGUCUGAUGAUGCUUCCACGCUCUCACCAUCCGCCUCACAAUCUCAGUCCCCACUACACACACCUGCUAAAGAAGAGAACCACACGAUCGCGCUGCUGAACGGAAAGGGCUCUCACGGCGAGGACGGCGGCGGCGGCGGCGGCGACGAGGAGCUGCUGAAGCGCCUGGAGAGCGUGGAGAUCACGAGCGAGAAGAUCGAGGAGGUCCUCUCGCCCGAGAGCUCGCCCUCCAAAUCGCCCGGCAAGAAGAAGAAGAAAUUCCGCACGCCGUCGUUCCUCAAGAAGGGCAAGAAGAAAGAGAAGGUGGAGGCCUGAGCCACGAGAGAGACGAGGAGUUGGGGCAGAGACGUCUGUCUGUCCGUCUGUCUGUCUGUCUGUUUACCCAUGUCGUUAUUUGCGUUUGUUUUCAGUUCACUUCAGCAUAUUUUUUGGAAAGGUGAACGCGAGCGAGGCUUUAAUGGAACUGUGCUAGAAAAAGGAAAAAAAAAAAAACCUGGUCAACUGGUUCUUCUUCGAAACUAAACACACACACACAUACACCUUAUACAGCAAUUCAAACACACAAAAUUUAACCACACACACACACAAUACGUCACGUUUUAGUGAAGUGUAUCUCGUUGUUCUCUUCAUUACCCGGUUCACCUUCAGUCCCUUAACUCGUCUGUAAUCGUUCUUUUUUUUUUUUUUUUACACUUUUUACAGAAAGUUUUUACUCGCCGUUUCUUCUUUCUUCGACUAAACCACACACACACACACACACACGUAUAGAACGCUACAGAAGCGUAAACUGGCGAUGAAGUAACAGUUUAUUUUUUUGUGCCGCACUUUUACCGUAGUUUAUAUUAUAUAUAACUAUAUAGAGAGAAAUACGAACAGAAGUUCGUGCAUACGGAUGAGUUUUUUAUUUUAUUUUUUAUUUUUUUGGAUUCUGAAAGAUUCCCAGGAAGUGAUCGAGAAGGCAGGAAAGUCAGAGGAAAGAGCAGGAAGGAGAAAGAAGCUGAAAGAAAUAAAUACAGUGUAUAAAUUUCUUUAAAACGAAGCGCAAGAUCUCAAGAAAAAGCCCACAGCGAGAACGAGUUCUAGUUUUGUUGAAUGUUGGCAUGGUGUGUUGAUGAUGAUGAUCUGAAGACAAAGGUUCGUUCAGCUGCCUGCUUUUUCAUAAAUCCAGCAGCAGAAAAAGAACGUGCGCAAAUUUAUUUUGUUCCGAAGCGAUAAAAAAAACAACGGAACAAAUUUUCAGUGGAACCUGACUGACAUUGUGGAGGGUUUUUGGGGCAGGAGAUUGGAAAUAAUUUUUUUUUUAAAUUUCAAAAUCAAUUCAAAUUCCAAAAAAACCCUCCCCCCCAAAUUCCAGCCCUCAUCAAAGCUUUUACACUAUUUAGUACGUAAUGUGAGAUUAAAAAAAAAAAGGAAAGUGACGCAUGUUUCUUUUUCUUAAGUGGCGAGUGUUCAGGCAGCUCUUUUUUUUUAUUUCCAAAAUUUUGUCCCUUCAAACUUAAAAAAAUUUUUUUUUGCUUUUUUUUUUUCAGAAAAAAGGGUUAAGUAUCCGAUUCAUUCUCGUCCCUCGUCUCCGAGCGACUUUCACACUUUAAGUUUUAAACAGGAAAAAUAAAACAAAUCCGAGUCGUCUCGAGGCGAUCGAUCCCAGCGAGCAAUGUGAAGCGAAUGUUGGAGGCGGAGUCAUGAGUCAUCUCCUAGCUGUGUAAAUAGCACGUCGGCUUUCACGUGCGGAGGAAAAGAGAAGCUCGUGCAUGUUUGAAUUGCUGUAUUGUUGUUUCCUGUUUGCAGUUAAUUUUUCCUUUAUACUCGUUCAUAUUUGUGUUUAUUAGUUUACAGAUAUUUACACGGUUUAUUAACCACUUUACGCGCGUUUCAAUCGAACGCCUCGAUUUUCUCGGAUCGGAACCGUUUGCACCUUUUAUUCCUAUUAUUUUUAUUUUAUUAUUAAACUAACGCUUAUAUUUUCUCUGUUGCCUUCCAUUUUUGUUUUUGUCGUCUUUUUUUUUUCCUGCUUUCACAUGCAAGUGUGUGAGCCUAAAUUCUCGUGACCUGUGAAAAAGAAAAAAAAAAUCUACAACGUAUAUAAAUUGUAAUCUAAUGAACUUGCUUUAGAUUGUAUGGCUAAUCGAUGUAAAUUCACAAAUAAAAAAAAACAAAGCUAUUUUACGAAAAAAUAAAA